AUGAAGAUGACGAUGAUGUCUUUUAGCUGUCUCACGUGGACAGCCUUGAUCGUUGUCGCCAUCCAAGGGGAGGUACCCACCAGCCCCGCCCAGUUGUCUCUCCGCUCCAUGGCGAGUGGGGUUCGUCAGCCUGGUUGCAGCAUGUUGCGUCUUCGUGGAGGAUUCUUCCAGAUCGUAGACAGGUACGUGCACAUGAACUCAGAAGAAGCAGAUGACAUUGCUGAGUUCGACGCCAUGGUCACUUACGGUCUGCGAUCGAACUUCACGAUCCUGAAGUACAAAGAGAAGGCGAGGGAAGAGAGGAAGAUGAAGAUGAGGAUCUUCGAGACCAACAGGAUCCUAGAGACGAUGAGCGAGCAGACAGCGCGUGAGGUUGCUGCGAAAUUAAGAUUCAGAUCCUUCAAAGAGAUCGAGGCAAGGGCAGCGGUGACGGCGGGAAACGGGAGCAGGGGUGAACUUUUCUCCAGGGAGCAUUUUUACAUCAACGAGGUCAAAGACCUGUGCGACAUGAGGGAGAAAGGAACUCUAAGAAACAGGCUGAGGAUCAGCAAACCAGCAUACGAGGAGCUUUGUACAGUCCUGCAAGCUUACAGUCGGAGGCAGCCCUUGCCAGUACACGCCACGAGCAAGAUAUCAAAGGAGAUCGAGCAAGGAGAGAAUUUUACCCUCUACUACCACACGGAGGUCCAACGGCUCAGAGAGAGACUGAACUUCUCAAUCUCGGAGGAAGAUGUAGGAGAUUACACGUCUGAGGAGAUGGAAUCUAUCAAGGUCGCUGACGAGAACGGCACCGACUACUUCGUGCAACUUCCUUUGCAUGACGACGAGCGGUUUAACAACAUCUCGAGCCCCUUGGACAAUCUCUUGAAACUUGAUCUCCGAGAUGAGCACAAGUUGAAAGAAUUCCUAUCAGUCGCCUGGGGCAAGCAGAACAUGUUGGAUUACGUCACCAAGAAGAACAACAUGACUCAAGAUGAGUUGAUUGCCAGGAAGAAAUUUCUUUCCUUCGACCCAGAUCAAGAAUGGCUGAAACAAGCGGCUGCGAUGCUGACGGACAAGGAAAAGUUCGAGGUGAAGCUUUUUGCUGUCUGCUGCGGAGGAAAGGGGAAGUGGGUGACGAGGAUCAGGCGCUGGUCACCCAAGUACAACUACACGGAACGAGACGUCAGCUGGAGGACGAGCAUAGACACAAGGAACUACGCUCCUCCUCCUGACUAUGCUCCCUAUGCGACCGGCUCCUACCGCGGCGCCUGUCCGAUUCCAUGCGGGGUACCGGGCUGCUUCAUUUGCGAAGAGUCGGACCUUCCUGAUGAACUGAAUCCAAUAAUGCCCGAAGAUGAAUAUCGCGUGCCUCUACAUCAGCGAAGGCGCAUCGACCAGGCGAGGGCGAAGGCCUUCCAGGGGCUGAACGAGUCACAGCCGGCAGAUCAAGGAAAGAGACUUCAUCGCCAAGAACAAGUCCGAGACAACAGAGUCUUCGGGGGGUUGAACCUGACCAAGUUCAAGCUGCACAAGGACACUGAGAGAAUGAUCACGAGCAUCUUGAGCCCCAAGAUCAAGAAAGCUUACUUCCCCGUCUUCAACUUGGAACUCUCUGUCCGCCGCCCCGACGGGUCGAAGAUCGUAGUGGACGAGUUCGACACGCUGACGGGGAGCAAGUACUUCAAGGGAGGCAAGCGGAGCAUGUUCGACGAGGCGUCAUACAGCGUGAACAUGUCCAUCGUCGACGACCAGGCGUAUAGGACCAGUCUUAGAGCUCGGAGGAGCGAGAUGCUGGGUGAGGGAGAGCAGGAGGGAGGGAGAAGGAGGAGAGAGGAGGAGGAGGUCGUGCCGGAGGAACCAACCCGAGAGGAGAAGCUUGCGCUGCUGCGAUCAGGGAAAAGUUUAGCUGACGUGUCGUUGAUGAAGACGACAAAGACAAGGGAGGAGAGGGAGACGCGAUCAGAUCAGCCGUCAAGCUCAAGACAAGAAUUAAGAAGCAGGAAAUCAAGAGGAGAAGGAGAGAGUGAUGGAAUGGCGAAGAGGAAGAAAAAUAGGAACGAUGAGGAGGAGGAGGAGGAGGAGGAGGAGGAGGAGGAGACGAGAAAACCAAAGAAAAAGGACAAAGUGAAGGAGGACACGAAGGGGAAAGAACGAGAUGAGAAGGAGAAGAACAAGAAGAAGAAGAAGAAGGAGAAGGAGAAGUCAGAAAGUGUGGCCGACGAUUCAUCGGGUAAGGCAGCAACAUAA